AUGGAGACUUCCAAUGGGACUGAGACCUGGUACCAGAGCCUCCAUGCUGUGCUGAAGGCUCUGAAUGCCACCCUUCACAGUCACUUGCUCUGCCCGCCCGGUCCAGGGCCAGUACCUGGGCCAGACAACCAAACUGAAGAGCGUCGGGCUAGCCUUCCUGGCCGUGAUGACAACUCCUACAUGUAUAUUCUCUUUGUCAUGUUCCUAUUUGCUGUCACUGUGGGCAGUCUCAUCCUGGGGUACACCCGUUCACGCAAAGUGGACAAACGCAGUGACCCCUAUCACGUGUACAUCAAGAACCGCGUGUCUAUGAUCUGAUGUGAGGUGCCUGAGGAUGAUGGAAGAUUACGAUGCCUGAGGAUUGUCUUCUUGGGCCUCUAGAAUUCAGCUCUGGACCCUACCAAGCUUCAGUGUCUCUAUCUAUAUAAGAGCAACAAGAAAUUGGUAAGAGAGAUCGUCUCUGAGACCAGAGAGGAGGAGGGGCUGGUAGGCCUGGCCUUGUGGAUAAUACAUUUUUUCCAGACAAAGAUAGACAUUAUAAACCAGGAGCCCACGAACAAAUAUAUAGAAGUAUGGACUACCGGCAAGCAGGAAAAGAGGAAGACAAAGGGAAAUGGAGCAGAAGACGCUCUGGACACAUACUCCUUUAAUGUAUGAUCUUCAAACAUGAGAAACCUUGAUAAAAUCUCGCAUAACGCUA